AUGGACUUCCAUCAUCCUUAUUUUAGACUCAAUAAGUUUCUCUUGUCUGCUCUAGGACUUUGGCCUUAUCAAUCAAACUUUGAAAAAAUUCUUCAUCGAUGCAUCUUCUUCAUUAUUUGGGGCAGCAACAUUCCUCUGAUAUACAGACGAUUUUAUGUUGUUUGGGGAAACGUCGAUGAAAUGAUCGAAAGUUUCGUCAUCAUCACAAGCAUGCUUCUUUCUAUAAUAAAAUUAAGCAGUGGUUUCCACAAGAAUAAAAAUAUGAAAAACCUUUUAGAAAAAAUCAAAAACGACUGGCAGAUUUGGUCAAAUGAACCGGAAGUGCGAAUUUUGCAAAAAUAUGCUGAAGAAGGAAGGCAGCUCACAUUAAUGUACACUGUUGCCACAUAUUGCUCAGUUGUUUCCUAUCUUUCCUUUACACUUUCGCCGCAGAUGCUUGACUCAAUUUCACCUUUAUCAAAUGGAACCCGGCCGAAAAAAUAUGUUAUGCCUGAAGAUUUUGGAAUUGAUAAAGAAAAAUAUUUCUACUAUAUUUAUGUAUAUAAUGCUGCUUGUCUUUAUUUCAAUUUCACGAUAACGGUCAGUGUUGAUUCUAUGUAUGCCGUUUAUGUGCAACAUGUCUGCGGAAUAUUUUCAGCAAUCGGACAUCGAUUAGAGAAUAUUAUAAAGGAUUAUAAAUUGGAUGAUAAAGAACAAAUGGAAAAGAAUGCAACUGAAGAACUUUUUUUCUGCAUUACGCAACACAAUAAUGUAUUUAAAUAUGCCGAAGAUAUAGAAAACACGUAUACAGUCUACUUCUUUUUUCUAACAGGAGUAAAUAUGUUUGUUCUAUCAAUCACUGGACUUCAGGUUGUGUUAAAAUUAGGCAGCAUUGAUGAUGUCGUUAAGUAUACUAAUUAUACCAUUUUACUGGUGGUUCAUCUUCUAUUUAACAGUGUGCCAGCGCAAAGAUUAGUGGAUCACAGUUUAAUGAUAUCCGAAUCAGCUUAUAAAAGUGGUUGGUAUCAAAUGUCAGCAUCGAACAGAAAAGCCGUACUUUAUAUAAUAAUGAGGAGUUCGAAACCAUGCAAAAUCACAGCCGGAAAAUUUUACGUAAUGUCAAUGGAAUGUUUCAGCAAGAGAAAUUGUCGAGGGAUGGACUUCCAUCAUCCUUAUUUUAAACUCAAUAAGUUUCUCUUGUCUGCUCUAGGACUUUGGCCUUAUCAAUCAAACUUUGAGAAAAUUCUUCAUCGAUGCAUCUUCUUCAUUCUUUGGGGCAGCAACAUUCCGUUAAUGAUUAGACGAUUAUAUGCUGUUUGGGGAAACAUCGAUGAAAUGAUCGACAGUUUCGUUAUCAUCACAAGCCUCGUUCUUUCUUUAAUAAAACUGACCAAUAGUAUACAAAAUAAUAAAAAGAUGAAAAACCUCUUAGAACAAAUCAAAAACGACUGGCACGUUUGGUACAAUGAACCGGAAGUGCGAAUUUUGCAAAAAUAUGCUGAAGAAGGAAGGCAGCUCACAUUAUUAUACACUGUUGCCACAUAUUGCUCAGUUGUUUCCUACCUUUCCUUUACACUUUCGCCGCAGAUGCUUGACUCAAUUUCACCUUUAUCAAAUGAAACCAGGUCGAAAAAGUAUGCUUUGCCUGAAGAUUUUGGCAUUGAUCACGAAAAAUAUUUUUAUUCUAUUUUUGUAUAUAAUACUGUGGGUAUUUAUCUCAAUUUCACGAUAUCGGUCAGUAUUGACUCUAUGUAUUUCGUUUAUGUGCAACAUGUCUGCGGAAUAUUUUCAGCAAUCGGACAUCGAUUAGAGAAUAUUACAAAGGAUUAUAAAUUGGAGAGUAAAAAACAACUAAAGAAAAAUGUAUCUGAAGAAAUUUUCUUCUGCAUUAAACAGCACAACACUGCCCUUAAAUAUGCCGAAGAUAUAGAAAACACUUAUGCAGUCUACUUCUUUUUCCUAACAGGAAUAAAUAUGUUAAUUCUAUCUUUCACUGGAGUUCAGGUUGUGAUAAAAUUGGGCAACUUCGAUGAUGUCGUUAAGUUUACCAAUUAUACAAUUUUACUGGUGGUUCAUCUUUUAUUUAACAGUGUACCUGCGCAAAGAUUAGUGGAUCACAGUUUGAUGAUUUCCGAUUCAGCUUAUAAUAGUAGUUGGUAUCAAAUGUCAACAUCGAACAGAAAAAUCUUACUUUUUAUAUUAAUGAGAAGUUCCAAACCAUGCAUAAUAACUGCCGGAAAAUUUUACGUAAUGUCACUGAAAAGUUUCAGUAAGGUUAUUCGAACUGCAUCAUCUUAUUUUACUGUGCUCAUUUCAAUGCGAUGA